CCAUUAAGCGCCCCCCCCCCCCCAAAAAACUUUCAUUUAUAUACAUGGAUUAUAGAAAGCACAAUGACCGUGCAAUCAAGAUCGUUACUGCAGUCAAAUCUGAGCUGAUGCAGCCUGACGAACCAGUUGUCGGUCCGGAUCUUCCAGAAAUGCAUGCUAUUUUCAUAGAUUGCCUCGUCCAAGGGCAGACUUGCCACGCGGGGGAGAUAAAGGAGUGUCAUUUCGUUGUGUGUGGUCUAUUCGAGAACAUCCUGGUUGGCUCCCGUUCAGAAGUAUUUGCCUUAUUGAGUAUAAAUCCGGCGUGCGCUCAGCACCUAGUCUGAAGGUAAAUCUUUUUAGUCUGCUGGAUGGAGCUGGUCUAGCUUCCUUGCUUGUAGGGAAAGCGGCAUAUGGAAGAAGGACCCGGAGCGUCGUCUGUUAAUGGUGCCAGUUAUUAUUGGAGUAGCUAUCUGCCGAACACUAAAGCGGGCGAAAUGCCGCGCCUCCGGCAAGUGGUUAUCCUAAGCAGAACUUAGGUGGCGUUCACUACCCACCAGUUUUCCUGUGUUUCCUGCCUUGCCGCCAGACCCGGGCUAUAGAACAUUGUACAAAAGGUUAGGCACUUAAGAGUAGCUAGAAGGACCGAGAAGAGCAGAGAACAGGCUACAUUGCGAUAGCAAAG